AUGACUGGCAAGAUGAAGGCUCCAGCCCCACCCCACCUCACCCUCACAAGCGCCACGCAGCUGCCCCGGCAUCCUCUCACAGGCCUUGGGGCAUGUGUGGACGUGACUGUACCUCAUGGCCAGGUGAUGCAGAAGAAGGGGUUAAAUGUGACCCUGCCAUGUAAUUACCAAACAUCCGUUGACAAAGCUUUUAUGCUGGAAUGGAAGUUUUCCCCUGGCUCAACAUCUCCCGACGGUGGGAAGCAGAUCCUCUACUUCACAAGCAAUACACUGUAUAAACCAGGCGCUCAGGCAAAACGGCUCCACCUGCUUCAAGACCCCCCCACACUCGGUAUCGCCACCAUCCAGCUGACCGAUCUGCGCUCCUCGGAUGCCGGCAUCUACACCUGCGAGGUGAACAACCCGCCAGAUUUCUAUGGAACCAGCUUUGGGCAAAUCGAAUUAAUAGUUUUAAUGGCACCAUCCUCACCCGUGUGCAGAGGGACCACCUCUGUUUCAGUGGGGUCAAACACCACCCUGACCUGCAACUCCACAGAAGGUGUCCCUGCCCCGAUCUACUCCUGGAAACGGCUGGAUUCCAAGUCGCCGCUACCUGUGUCCAACACAGUGCAAAAUGAAAAAACGGGGACUCUGGAGCUGCUGAAUGUCUCCCUCGCAUUGGCUGGGAUAUAUCAAUGCACGUCAUCCAAUGAGUUUGGCCAGAAGACAUGCCAAAUAACCCUUCAAGUGACAGCCAUGGCACAAGCUGGAGUGAUUGCGGGAGCUGUUAUAGGGGUCCUCUUAGCUCUGCUCCUGCUUGUUGGAAUAGCGUUUUAUGUCCUGCACCGUAGAAAACAGAAGAGGAAUAAGAAGGCUCAGUCCAUCUACAGUGCGAAUGAAAUCAGGGAGGAUGCCACUGCUCCAGGAAUCUCAGAGACCUCCUUGCAGAAAAAAGACAGCAAGUCAGAACUCCAUCUUCUAGAAAGCGAGUCCUCCAGGCCUGGAUCUGCAAGCACCACCAAAUCCCAGCUCAAGCAUCUUUUCAUCUGA